AUGGAGAUUGAUCAUUUCAGUGAUCACCAGCAUCUGUUAUCGCUGAGUGACAAGGAGAGAGAUGAUUAUGUUUUAUGCGACGCAUGCGAUGAAUAUUGCGUUGGUCCGACCUACACUUGCAGCAGUGAAUAUUAUUGUGACUUCGCCUUGCACGAAUCAUGUGCAAAGCUACCGCAGGAGUUGCGCAAACCACUUCUUCACCCACACCCUCUUGCCCGAGUACACCCAAAAUCAAAAUACGGCAAGUUUGAGUGUAAUGCUUGUAGCAAAAUUUGCAGGGGCUUCACCUUCCGCUGCGAAAAGUGCGACAUCAACUUUGAUCUUAAGUGCGCUUUUGUAGGGCCAGUGCUAGAAGAAAGGGAGGAGGCAGUUGCUGUUGGUACUUUUAGCCACCACCAGCACCCAUUGGUUCUCUUCGAGAAGAUUCCUGCCCAUCGCAUUAAAUGCCGCGUAUGUGGAAAAUACUGCUCGGACCCGGCUUAUGCCUGCUUCCCAUGUCGCUUCUUUCUCCAUCCAUCGUGUUUUGAUCGAAGCUUGCCCCAAGAGAUCCAACACUUCUAUCAUCCCUGCCCUCUCACCUUGUACACUACUGGCCCAGAUAAAUCUUCUCCUUGCAGAGCUUGUCGACAAUUCUGGCCCAGGGGAGGCUUUUACUAUGGCUGUAGUCGGUGCGAUUUUGUGAUGGAUAUUGAUUGCACUCUAUUGCCCAGUACUACCCAAUCUAAAAGUGAUUAUCAAGAAGAGAUUCUCCAUUUCCUCCACGGGCAUCCACUGUCACUAAUCUCGAAGAUCAAGGCUGAUGACAAAGUGAUCAAUUGCUAUGUAUGUGGGAAAGGCUGUACGGAUCCGACCUAUGCUUGUGGUUGUGGCCGCGGAGGUCACUGUAACCGCGUUUACAUUCACCAAUCAUGCCUUGAAUUGACGCAAGACAUUUUAGAUCACUCUCAUCCAUACCACCCUCUCAUCCUAAAACCCAUGGAGGAUAGUGCUCAAUGCAAUGCCUGUCGCAAGGAUAUUAACUGGAACCGCAAAGGGAACAACUUCGCCUACGUUUGUGAGAGUAACAAUUGCAGCUUUUGCUUGCACAUAGAAUGCAGUGUCAUAAUGCCUGCCGUUAUAUCAGACGAAGGGCACGACCACCUUCUGCAAUUUAGGGACAAUAUAGUUGAUGAUGAAACGAUCAAGUGCAGCGCUUGCAAAUCCACUUGUCAUGAAUCAUACUCUUUCAGAUGUCUAGAUCUGGAUUGUGACUUCAAUCUCCAUCAUACGUGUGGUCCAUUACCAUAUACCAUUCAGCACAAAUGCCACAUCGAUCCCCUUACCCUCACGCAUUCUCUUGCUGAACAUGAAAAUCAGAGAAACGAUGAAUUCUAUUGCGAUGCUUGUGAGGAAGAAAUUGAAGACCCAUUAUUACCCAUUUAUUACUGCGCGGAAUGCCAUUUUGUUGCUGAAAUUUCUUGCGUCAUCUCUGAGGUAAUAUCAUCUCUAAACGAAGAAUAUGGGAAGGUAGAGUUGAGGAAUCCUCUUGGACAGUUUGGUAAGGUUAUUACCAAAGACACGUUAAAAAAGAUGAUGCAAAAGAAAGAUAAAGAACAACUCAAGCCGACUUUAACUUGGAAAGAAUUUUUAAGCACUUUGAGUGUAGUCGAGGAUAUAUCCUUAAGGAAAACAAUUAGAGAAAAAACUAUUGCUGAGAAGAUAGAAGCUUAUGACCAUGAGGAAAUUAUAAUGUUUUCUGACAAGGCUUAUACACAAUUUAUGGAGUUUCUUAAUCAUUCUAAGGUUUCGCAUAACAGGUUUCCUUAUGAUUGGGAUGUUGGUUCUCAUACAAAAGAAGAGGUUAUCAAUGUUGGAGAGUACAUGACUACUCAUCGCAUGAGAAACAUCAAGGUUGUGGAUAUCACUGAUGAUAUGCUUCUCGGUUGGUGGAGAUGCUUGGAAACCUUGCAAUUUGCAGGAUUUAAAAUUGAGUUUGCCUUUGAUCAUUUGAAGAGAAUUACACAUGCUCAUUUUGGUCUUUAUGUUGAAAAGCAAGUAGACAAUGUUGUUGAUCAACUUGAUAGAGAUAUUAAGGGACUUACAAGGAAACUCGAGCGCAUAAAGUCUGCAAAAUCUGCAAAAUCCAGCAUUAUUGAGGAAUGCUUAAGAGAGGCUACAGUAUUGCGAAAAGGUAAAGCAGUUACGUCUAGGCUACUAUAGAUGUCAACCAUGUUAAACCUCUAUUUCCAUGCACACAUGUUUAUUUCUUAUGUUUUAGUUUGUCUUGUUUAUGUAUCAUGAAGUUAAUUAGUUAUUAAAUCCAUGGUUAACGCA